GGCUGCAGUAUAAUAUAAAAGCACGCCAACUUGUCUCUGUUCAUACACAGCACACCUCCGACUGUCUUCUUACUGAAGAGCAGAAAUGGCAUUAAAAGGGAAAACUGCAGUAGUGACCGGAGCAGCGCUGGGGAUAGGAAAAGCAAUAACUGAGAUACUUCUGCAAAAUGGUGCCAAGGUAACCCUUUUGGAUAUAAAUGAAACUGCAGGGAAGACUUUAAAGGAAGCCCUCAACAAACAGUAUGGAGAAGAGAGAUCUCUGUUCUUCGAGUGCAAUGUUGAGUCUGAGGAGCAGAUCAAAGCUGCCUUUCAGAGCACAGUAGACACAUUCAGAGGGAUAGACAUUGUAUGCAACAAUGCCGGCAUCUUGAAUGAGAAGCAGUGGGAGAAAACUGUCUCCGUAAACGUGAUGGGUCUAAUCAGGGUGAGCUAUGUGGCUUUAGAGUAUAUGAACAAGUUGAAUGGAGGAAAAGGAGGGACCGUGAUUAACGUAGCAUCUGUGGCAGGCCUCACUCCAGUACCAGCUUGUCCCGUCUAUACAGCCACCAAGCAUGCUGUGGUCGGCUUCACUCGGGCCAUGGCCGCUGCCUCGUCCGCCUCAGGCUACGGCUUACGCUUCAAUGCAGUUUGCCCAAGCUUGGUCAAAACUGACCUCAUUGCCUCCCUUAUGGACAAUUUGGGACAAUUCUCCCACCUGGCUUAUGCUACUCAAUGUUCUUCAGUCCAAAGGGCAAUGAAUCCAUCGGAGAUUGCUGAAUGUGUCUUCGAGCUAGUGACAGACAAGGCGAAGAAUGGAGAGAUCCUCAUGAAGGAAGCAAGCAUGAAGAAAUAUAUGACCUUUCCCACACUAAUCUAGUGGGUCCUGGCAAAGGCAGUGAACAACCCGAGUAAUGUCUGAACCUAAAACUAUUAGAGGAAAAUGCUGCAGUUCACAGUGUUGUUUUGUUUUGUUUGUGAAAGAUAAAUCUGUAAAUCACCACAAGUGAUUAGGAGAAAGAAGCAAACAAUAAAUGAGUGAAAGUCCAGUUUCUGACUAAGAGGAGAAACGGCUGUGACUGUGCUUUAAACUUUUUGGAUCCUUCAUGAUGCAGAAAAUAUUUCUUGUAAAUUUAAGAGAAAUGUUAAUAAGAGCUUCCAUCCUUGUACUGCACUUGCACUGAAGAAAGAAAAGUUUCUAACAUAACAACAACAAGAUGGUUCGCUCUACUUGCUAUAGUGUGCACUUACAUGUUAUAAGAAAACAAAAAAAAAAUCCACUAUAUUAAGUAGAAAUAUGAUUGUUUGCUACUGGAAAAUGUUUAAAAUUAGAAAAUGAAAAGUAAAAUCUGCUGUGCUGCUUUAUCGUGGGGCCAAACGUCACCUGUGGUCUGGUAAAUGUUAAGAAAUUCAAUGCAAAACAUGACAGUUCUGUCCCACCUAAACAAAUUGCUUAAAUAAUUCUGUUAAACUAUGGCUGACUGAUCAGCAAUGUGUCUUACCUGGUUUGUAGACCUCUUAAGCUAAAAAUACAACAAACAGUUCUCUGUCCCAGUAAACAGCUACAUUGUCCAAAUUACACAGACAACUUUCACAUAAAGUACUUUAACAUGUUGGAAGCUGAGAAACUACUAUGGGAACUAUCUUGAUUUUAAAAGUCCUUACUUUUGAUUAUAACCACUCUUCUUCUUCUACAGUCCUGUCUUUCUUACAUCUUUUUCCAUCUCAGAGUGAAGUUAUCUCACACACUCUGCAUGGGAAAUAUAGCAGCUGUACCUUUAACUAACAGACACGCUGCAUGACAAACUCCACAAAAGCUUUUGUGUGUUUGCUGAUAUUUGUUGAGCUGCUAGAACAUUUCGUUUGAAAUUAUCUGCCAGCUUAAAUGAAAUGUACUCAUUUUAUCCUCAUUCCUCUUCAGUAAUGCUAGCUAGAUGCUAAGUACAGUGAUCACAGCUUAUGGCCAUCUGCCCCAAAGAGCCCAUCACAAAUUGUUCCAAGCGUGUUUUUAAAUCGUAAGGAUCAAGGACUGGUUAAAGACGUCAUUUACGUGAAAAGGGAAAGACUAUUUCUGACCCAAACAGGGGCCUAAGGGUAGAUCUUUCACCAUGUUAGUCAGUGGUGCUAGUUUCAGUCAAUAUGCAAAUGUACUGUUUAUACGGUUGGGGAAACCUAAAGUGUCAGUGGGAUGAGUGAUGAAACAUUUCUCCCACCAAAAACGCUACGUCCAGAUGAACAGAAUUAAGUUUUUGGGUAAACCUAAGACAAUUCAGUUUUAUCCCUAAUUGCCGUGACCCCCUCUGUUUUCGGCUCUUUCUCUUCCAUACACUGUGGUUCAGGCUCAGGUGGGCAGGGCAGGAGUGUCAGAUAUGAGUGCAUCCUCCCUUUUGCCAUGGCAAAUAGAUGUCACACGAGCACUGCUGCACUUUCUGAGAAUGGACCAGAAUCAUAAAUGGGAUUGUAAUUGUUAAGAGAUUUUCAAAUGUUUCAAGUAUUAUUCCCACUGCCACGUUAUUGAAAGUUUAUCUUUAGUUUCAGUGUUAAUAGUUGUUUACCCAUUUAUUCUUUCCAUUUAAUUGUAUUUUAUGAUUUUACUGUUUUACUGAAGUGAAGCUUAAAUGAAAGACAAAAGCAUAGUGUUCUCAGAUAUGAUUCACCCAGUACAUCUCCUCUGUACCUGGCUCUCUACGAGCCGUUUCACUCCCAGGAAGGGGAGAGCAGGAUGUUCUUAUCUACACUCCCAAAUACAAAGAGGGGCCCAUUCUUCAGAAUCACACACACACACUCUGAGAUCAUAAACUUCACACACACACACACACACACAUACACUCUGAAACGCUAUAAAUAAAGAACUGCCGCAUACGCUGGUUGUGAGCCUGAGACAGCAGCGCUCACCCAGCGUGCGCACGUUGUUACCAUCUAAA